GUGACAGUCACUUCAUUCGAGAAGGGAGUAAAGUCUCGGUCAACAAACUCCCAAGAGACCUCGCCAGCGUUCCUCUCGCUUACGACCAAGCGCUUGUUUCUCAUUCAUGUGGAGCGCGCUUCAGCGUGGAGCUUUCUCCUCGCCAUGAAACUUUUCUUCUCCACGGACCAUGUGCGGAACAGCAUCGUCACGAACGAGGCGGGGCAGGUCCUCUACAAGGUCGUCACGCCGUUCCGGUUCCUCUGGCAGACCGGCUGGAGCACGAUCUGGAAGAUCACGCCGAACGCGGAGCCGGUGACGUACGGCGAGGGGAUUGAUCCUGGCGAGGCGGAGGAGGACGUGGAGCCUGCUGAGGAGGUGGAUGCGGAUGAUGGAGCGGAGGAGGAGCUUUUGGGUGAUGUGGCUGAUGUGGCUGAUAUCCAGGCUGGUGCUGGUGCUGGUGCGGGGGGCCAGGCACGACUUGGGGCACGGCCCGGGCAGCUUGCAAUUGGGCGACGGGUGCCUUCAAGCGCGUCGGUGCCGCGGCCGGUGUCCGUGUCUGUGUCGGAAACGGGGAGGGGCAGUUUGCGAUCGAAGAGUUAUGCUGCGACAUGGGCACGGAGUCGGACGCCUAGUACGCCUGGAGGGUUGUCCCUCGAGGAAGUGGAAGUGUGUUUCGGAGGUGAGGACAGCGAUACGGAGGGCGGGCCUGGGAGCAGUGCUGCGGAUCGUGGUCGCGGAUUACAUUGGGCAAACGAGGUGGACAUGCAGGACAGGUUCGUCCGGCUCGCGACUAUCGAGUGGAAGAAGAUCGCGAGCUCGCGUCUCAGGUGGCUAGGCGAGAAUGGGCUCGGGCAUCGGGAGCUGGAAACGCAUAAAUUUCUGAAUGCUACGAGCGUUACUCAGAGGACUCGGGAGUUCACUGCAUACGACGGACGGAGAUAUUGCUGGAUCUUAGGAGCUUAUGUUUGCAAGCUAUAUUAUGUCAACGAGGGGAAGAAGUCGAAAAAUCUCAUCGCGCGAUACCACAGGUACAAGUCAGCGCUGUUCCAUGGCAAGGAGGCACAGUACGGCUACCUGGACUUCGACGAACGCGAAUACGCGAAGAUAUCCCGUGGGGAAGAGAUCGGUGGGACUCUGCUGGAACAGUUUCUCGUGACGUUCAUCUACGUUGAAAAGCUGAGGAGGGAUCGCGAGAAGGCAGCGCACAGGGAUUUUCGUUGGAAUUUCUGAACACCUCCAGAGUCCUUUCGAAAUUUUGGAAGCACCACUGUGUCCGCUUCGAUAAGUACUGCUAUGUGUAGUAUUGUCCUAUACAUUCAAGCAGAAUUAAUCAAGAGAAUUCAAGUCGGCGAUAUGUCAUGG